AUGAAUAUUGGUAAUUUGGCUUCACCGUCUGGGGGACGUCUGCGACGUUCAAAGUACUUCAAGAGGCAAAAUAGAGUUCAACCGGAUGAAAGGGAGGUCAGGAAACAGGUGUCGGAACCAACGCCCUCAACCGGCGCACCCAUUUUACAGAAACACGAGUCCUAUCCACAGUAUUCAGCUUCAAAGACAAAUCGCAAACCAAGAACCGAGCACGCGGUGGGGUCGCUGUUGAUACGAGCAGUGGCGGUGGUGGAUCGUCAGACGUCGACCGGCAGCACAUCGACAGCAACAUACACAGACACGGCGGAGGCAGCGCAGACACAACGGACAUCACUCACGGACAGCAUAGACGCGACACACACGCAGCGAGCUUCACACACGCCCGCAGUGCGUUCCGGACCACCGCUCUCAUGCAACUUCUGCUGGAACACGGUCGACGAAUGCGGUAGAAUACUACGACGAAAAACACAAUACCACUGCCCGGAAUGUCGCACCAAUCUAUGUAUAGUCCCGUGCUUCCAUGAAUAUCACGACAGUAACGGAGACGUGACGGCCAGCGCCAGAUGA